UCGGUGUUAAUCAAUUUUAAGUGAACCAAGAAAAAAAAAAAGUAAAGAAGAAACAUGGCGACGGAAUCAACCAUUCAUUUAACGGGAUCGGAAUUAAUAAAAGAAGCAUCCAGAAUAAAGGAGUUUACGGGCAAAGACUACGACUUAUCAUCUUUUAUAAGGGAAGUAGAACUAAUUCUCCCCCUUUUCAACAACAACAUACCAAUGCAGCGCUUUAUAUUUGAAAGGUACGUUAAAAAUAAAAUACAAGGACCAGCCCUAGCAGUAAUAAGGACAUUGGGACAAGAAGCCACAUGGCCAGACAUUAAAGAAGAACUAAUCAAAAACUUCGGCAUCAAGGAAACGUAUCACAACCUGUAUCACCAAGCAGUCAACUUGAGGAAUUACAAUGUAAGCAAUUAUUUUUAUAAUCUGAAAAACAUUUUAGACAAAUUAAAUACUAAAUACGAACAAGAUAAUAAUAAACCUCCAGAAUUUAAGCCUUCAAUAAAUGAGUCACUAAUUCUAAAAACAUUUUUAAAUGGUAUUGAGCCAAAUCUAGCAAGUAUUAUAUACAGUAGAAACAUAACGUGUCUUAGAAGUGCAUAUUAUUUAUUAGAAGAAACAGGCAUGGUAAAAAGAUACGACAGUAGGCCGAAUAUACAGAACAGGUUUAUACCAAACAAUAGACAACAGUCACAAUACUUACCACAACAUAGAGUUCCCCAAAACAAUAACUUACAAACAUUUACGGAUAACAACAACCAUAACUUCGGACAGUUACGUAAUAACCCAUAUAAUAACUCUGGACAGUUACGUCAAAACAGUAAUAACCCAUAUAAUAACUCUGGACAGCUACGUCAAAAUAAUAAUAGUCCAAAUAAUAACUCAGGGUCAUUUCGUCAACAAUUUCCAAAUUCGCAACGAACUAGGCAAAGCCAAAAUAAUAAAGUAACACAAAUGGAAGUAGACCACAUUGAAACUAAUGAUGGUGAAGAGGUAAAUUUUCAAUAUCAGGCCGAGAAUAUAGUUUACCGAUAAUCACAAUAACAAUACAUAACACAAGAAUUAGGUGCUUACUUGACACGGGAUCCACCACUUCUUUACUCAAUAAAAAUUUUUUACCCCAAUAUCAACGCAAACGACUAAUACAACCAUUAACUUUUAACACUAUUAACGGAAUUUUUAGUAUUAAUGAGGAAAUCAUAACUCCUCUGCCAAUCGAAUUUAAUGAAAAAAAUUUUAUGUGUUGGAAGUUGACUACUUUUAAGAAUAAAAAGUUUGAUGCUAUAAUAGGUCAAAAUAUUUUAAAGCCACUCUCAGCAAUUAUUAAUCUACAUGAAGAGUACGUCGAAAUAAAUAACAUUAAAACUAAAUUCAUUGAAAGUUGUCCAUUUCAAUAUAACGAAAUACAAACGUUCAAUAUUUCACCACCCAAUGAAGAAGUGUUAGAAAAAUUAACCAGGGAAGAUAUGAAUACAGAGGAAAAAUCCUUGUUGGAAAAACUGAUAAAUCAAAACUCAGAUUUAUUUUUUGAAGAAGGGCAUUCGCUAACUCAUACUCAUGAAAUACAACAUGAGAUAGUAACCACAACAGACAGACCAAUAUAUUCUAAAAUAUAUAGAUAUCCCCAAAUCCAUGAAGAGGAAAUUAAUAAGCAAAUGAGAGAUAUGCUAAGCCAGGGUAUCAUUAGAGAAAGUUCAUCUCCAUACAAUUCUCCUUUAUGGAUCGUUCCAAAAAAAAUGGACAAUUCCGGAAAGAAAAAAUGGAGAAUUGUAAUUGAUUACAGAGCCCUAAAUGAAAUAAGUGUCAGUGACAAAUUCCCAAUACCAAACAUAGAAAAUAUGUUGGAAAAAUUAGGCCGUGCACAGUACUUUACAACAAUUGAUCUUGCAAAGGGUUUUCACCAAAUUCUUAUUAAAGAAGAGGACAGAAAAAAAACAGCUUUUUCCACACCCCUAGGACACUACGAAUUCGUCCGAAUGCCUUUUGGACUCAAAAACGCCCCCUCCACAUUUCAGAGGCUCAUGAAUUCUGUAUUAAGGGACUACAUAAAUAAAACGUGUGUUGUUUAUUUAGACGACAUCCUAAUAUUUAGUAGCACAAUACAAGAACACGAACAAAAUAUCCAGAAAAUUUUCAAUGCACUACGAAAACACAAUUUAAAAAUUCAAAUCGACAAAUGUAAUUUCUUUGCUAAAUCCACAGAAUAUUUAGGACAUAUUCUAACCACUGAUGGGAUCAAGCCCAACCCAAACAAAAUAGCAGUAAUCCAAAAUAUAAAGUUACCCGAAACCUCUAAACAAAUUAAGUCCUUUCUUGGUGUCACCGGAUACUACAGAAAAUUCAUAAAAGAUUAUGCGAAAAUUGCACAUGGAAUGACAAAGUAUUUAAAAAAGGAUAUUAAGUUAAGAAAAAAUGAUCCACAAUAUAUCGAUGCUUUCUAUAAGUUAAAACGACUUCUAAUUGACACACCAAUUCUUCGUUACCCCGAUUUUAAGAAAAAAUUUAAAUUGUGUACAGAUGCAAGUGAAGUUGCAAUUGGCGCAGUUUUAACGCAAGAAAAUCAUCCAAUAUGCUAUGCUAGUAGAACACUAAAUGAACAUGAAAAAAAAUAUUCCACCACAGAAAAAGAGCUCUUGGCUAUCGUAUGGGGCAUUAAUUAUUUCAGACCAUAUGUAUAUGGCAGAAGUUUUGACCUUAUGACUGACCAUCAGCCACUUAAAUGGUUGCAAACAAAAUAUAGAGGGAAAGAUAUAAACCCCAGGUUGCAACGCUGGCUGCUUAAACUAGGUGAAUAUGAUAUUAACAUUGGUUAUAUUAAAGGAAAGGAAAAUACAUUAGCUGACUUUCUUAGUCGAUUAAACGCCGAUACCGGAGAAAUUUUAACAAUAGAAUCUGAAAAUCCAGAAAUCAUUGGCACAAGAGAAAACGAAGUAGACAACAUGAGUACAUGUGCAACUAUACAUUCUCAACAAGAAGAAAAUAAUGACCACUUUGUUAUAUUAUACACAGUUGUCAACCGUUUUCAUACACAAAUUAUCUUAACGGAAAGUAAAACCAAAGAAAUCGAAAUAAUUGGAAAUAAACGAAAAAUAUAUAUAAGUUUAGACGACAUAAAAAGUGGAUUUAUGAGCGAUAUUUUUAGAAGAUUUAUUAAAACAGGAAAAGUAGGCAUAUACUCAGGUAUCUCGGACAGCGAUUAUAAUAUUGUUCAAUUAAAACUAAUAGAAAUGUUCAAUAAUACCAUAAAAUUUUACAGAUGCACAUAUCAUGCGAAAGACAUGAGAAAUGAAGAAGAAACAUUUAGGUAUAUUAAAAAGUAUCACAAAGAAGAGACAGGGCAUGGCGGGAUUAAUGAAAAUUAUCAAGGACUAAAAAAUUUAAUUUACUAUAAAAAUCUAAAACAACUUAUCCAAAAAUACAUUAAUAAUUGCGAUAUUUGUUGUAGAGCCAAAUACGAUAGACGACCAAUUAAACCAAAAUACUUUUUAACAGAAACCGCUACAGAUACAAAUGAAAUAAUUCAUAUGGACACAUAUGUCAUAAAAAAGCACAGUUUCUUGACGUUCAUAGAUAAAUUUUCUAAACAAGCUACUGCAAUUUAUUUAGAAGACAGAACCAGCAUAACUAUAAUAGAAAAAAUUCGUUUAUAUUUUUCCUUAAAACCAAAGCCAAAACGCAUAAUUGCCGAUAAUGAAUUUAACUCAACUAAUGUAAAAGAUUUCCUGAGAAGAGAAGAAAUAGAAAUUCAUUUUACAAAACCUAAUUCUCACACUGGCAAUGCUGACAUCGAAAGAUUUCAUAAUACUUUAGGCGAAAGGUUUAGAAUAAUAGAAAUAGAAACACCGGAAUUAUCAGUUCAGGAAAAAGUAUAUAAAUGCACCGAAUGGUAUAACAAAUCCAUACAUUCAACCACAGGGAAAAAGCCAAUAGAUAUUGCAAACGGUAAUUAUGAUAAAAAUGAAAUAUUUGAACGACUUAAAGCAGUAAAAGAAAAACAAAUCGAAAAGCUUAACACUAGAAGAGAAAAUUACCAACACACCGACAGGGAGGGAUAUGUAAAAAACUAUAAAGCUGUUAGACACAAACAGGAACCCAGAUACAAAAAAAUGGCAAUCGACAACAUCCACACAACAAAUAUUAAAAGAACUACCAAAUUUUCAGGUAAAAUCAAUACUGACGAUUACAACACUAAUGACAUUUCUGACAUUGAGCAACGCAACUCUAAUGGUGGAGAACAUUGAUGGUACAAACGGUUUUACUGAAAUUUCUCUUGAAGACGCAAAGAUAACAGUCAAUUACAGCACAAUACUACAUAUUAUCAACCCGUUAGAAAUUAUUAAAGUUACUGAAACUCUUGAACACAAUAUCGGACAAAUCACAGAUGAUGAGGAAAAACAUUUUUUGAUACAAGAAUUAAACAAGGUUAAAUCGAAAUUAAUAACUAUUAACCCACAUAGACAACGAAGAGGAUUAAUUAAUAUCAUAGGAUCAGGUAUGAAAUGGCUAUAUGGUACAAUGGACGAUAACGACAGAGAAGAAAUAGAACGACAUCUUCAAACAAUUGACGAGAAUAACCAUGCACUAAUAGAAAAUUCAAAUCAAAAUAUAGAAAUAAAUAAUGUAUUUAAUAUAACAAUGGCAAAACUUAAAGAAGCUAUAGAUGAAGAUAGGGAAAAAUUCACAAGAAAAAUUAAUGAAAUCGCUACAGUUGAUCAACAAUUAGAAAGAAAAAUAAUGUAUCUUGAUAUUCUCUUAAAAAUUAAAAUUUUAUUAGACAAUGUUGAGCAUAUACAAAACAACCUUAUGUCUGCAAAAAUGAAUAUAAUGAAUAACAAUAUAUUAACUGGAGAAGAAAUAGUUCGUUACAAUAUAGAUUUAUAUAAAAUGCAAAAUGUUAAAGUUAGCACAGCACAAUAUAAAAAUAAUGAAAUAAUUUUUGUUAUACAAAUACCAAACGAAAUAAUUAAAGUAAAAAGAUCUUUAUUUAUACCAAUACCAAAUUACCAACAUGAAGAGCUUUUGUUUGAAACCCAAGAAGUCAUAAAAAUUAAUGGAACUAUGUAUGAUUAUAACAAUGAAUCUUUAUUAAAAAAUAUAAAAAUAUCACAAUUAUGUAUAUUCACCAAAACUUGUUUAAGAAUAAAAAAUUAUAAGUUAGAAACUAAAGAAAUACGACCAGGCUUGUUAAUUUUGAAAAACCAUGUCAACUCAGUAAUUAAUAAUACAUGUAAUGAAAGACAAUUAACAUUAAAAGGUAAUGCUUUAAUCACGUUCAAUAAUUGUAAAAUAGAAAUAAAUGGAAUAAUCUUUUACAACUAUAAUAACGAAUUCCAUGAAAGUUUCACAAUGCCUGGCACGUU